UGAAUUUCAUUCGCACACUUCCGUGAAUUGUGAAUUGCGAAAUGGUACAAAUAAAUACAAGGCUACGACUGUGGCUGUUGGUUGACCGCGAGGCUAAUUGAAAGCAGACAAGAUGACAGAUAGUACACGAGAAUCCGCAAAGGGACUAUGGCACAUUCUCUUUGAGUUGAAGGGCUCUAUUUGGAGUGCGGUUCUACCCUUUUGUCUCCUGAAUUGUACAAUCAUGCUGUUUGUGGAGCUAUUGGCCAUGGGAGAUGUCCGAAUUGCCUUCUCUCCGUCAGGCCACGGACUGAUGACUCUGAUUGUAUCUUUCCUGGUCAUCAACAAGGUCAAUUUGGCUUACGAUCGAUACAUGAAUUCCAGACAUGCCAUUGGCUGUGCGCUGUCCGCUUGUCGGGAGCUCAACCAAGUGGUGUUGCUCUACACACAUGCUCUUCCGCCCAGCCACAAGAAGGCUUCAGAGUGGCGUCAACAAACUGCAGUCAGGAUUCUCGAUAUGAUGGACUGCACCAUCAGGGUGGUCAAGAACACACGACAAGCCAAUUACCUGGCUCGAAAUGUGGAUGUGGAAUGGAAAACGGACGAUGAUCCCCUUUUGCAUGCACAAGCACUUCGAAUGCAUCUCUACACCAUCAAUGAUCAAAUAGUCUCGAAUGACCAGGACAAUACAGUGAGAUUGGAAAUGCUAGAACGAAUGCGCAUGAUGGAUGCAUUGAAUGAGUUUGUCGGCAGCUAUCGCAAUCUGCUCAAGUGUGCCUCCACACCGCUGCCAUUUACCCUGGUCCAAAUGGGUCGAACUUUCUUGUUCAUUUGGACCUUCUCCAUCCCCUUGGUAUUGCGAGGAGUAGUUUCUGAAAUCUAUUCUGCCAUGGUCUUUGUGUUUUUCCUCACAUACGGCUUUGUCGGACUCGAGUUGGUGGCCAUGAAACUCAUGAAUCCAUUUGGUGAUGGCCGUCAUGAUCUGAACAUCACUGGUAUGAAGGAGGCUGUUGCCAUUGGAAUUGAAAAGGACUUGAGAGCAUUUGGGGAGGAUGCCAAACUGACGGAUAAGCGACAGGCAUAUAGUCGACAAAAGGCACGCCCGCCACUCCAAAACAACAACAACAAUAUGUAUGCCAUUGUCGAGGCAACAGAUUCAGAUCCAUCGCCCCAUCAGACUGCGGGCAACUUGUUGCAUAGUACCGGAAACUCCACGGAGAAUGUUUAUCAUCCGAUGCAUUGAUUGAUUGACUGACGAUGACAAUCCACUCGACAGAAAGAAAGAAUGCAACAAAAAUACAUUUGUAUAACGACUUCCUCUCCAUUCAAUUUGGCAUCAUGAGGCUUUGCCUCGAAGAGCAGGCUCUUGCUAUCAUUUAUUUGGCAAGGAAACUUUCAUCGAUCAGUCCACAAAAUAAAUGUAAAGCUACCGUAUAACCCUACUAGCUAGCUAGCUCUGUAAAGAGGGGGUUCGUCGGAAGAGGAGCGUGUUCGAUGACCCC